AUGAGCAAGCAAGGGCGUGUUGACACGAAGGUCCCAGAGAGCACGGUUGAUCGCGUCGAGGAGAUUGAUAUCGACCCAGAAGAAGAAAGAGCUCUGGUAUGGCGUUUGGAUUUGUUCUUUUUGACUAUCGGGUUCUUGGGCUACGCCUUCAAGUAUCUCGAUCAAACCAAUAUCAGCAAUGCAUAUGUCUCUGGAAUGCAGAAAGACCUGGAACUGUAUGGGAAUGAGCUGAAUUAUUUUACCACCUUUUUCAACAUUGGAUACAUGGUGAUGCUCUAUCCCUCGUGCGUCCUUAUCUCUCACAUUGGUCCAUCCAGAUGGUUACCUACUUGCGAGGUGCUGUGGGGGGUAUUGACAUGCUGCUUAUCCACCGUUACCAACGCUAAGCAGGUCUACGGACUCCGGUUCCUUAUCAGUUUCUUCGAAGGCGCAACUUGGCCAGGUUAUUUUACCAUCAUCAGUCAGUGGUAUAUGCCCCAUGAAAUGGCUCUCCGGAUGAGCUUGUAUAAUAUCGCACAGCCCGUGGGGGCUAUGCUCUCCGGUGCUAUGCAAGGCGCGCUUUCAACCAACCUCGAGGGUUCGCUCGGCCGGAGCGGUUGGCGAUGGGCCUUCAUUGUCAAUGGUAUUUGUACAAUCUUUGUGGCCUUGAUCGCUUUCAUCCUCUUGCCAGGUUUUCCCGAACGCCAAAACCCCCUUUCCAAGUUCUAUCUUAGACCUCGAGACAUUGAAAUUGCCAAGGCGCGCAAUAGACGCAUCGGCCGCGAUCCUCAGGUUGGAAUUACCCCGAGGACUUUCCUGCGUGCGUUCAAGUUCUGGCACGUUUGGAUAUUCGCGCUGGCGUGGUCGAUCGGCACGAACCAGACGCCUUCAAACUACUUCAAUCUUUGGCUGAAGUCACUGAAGAACGCAGACGGGACCAAAAGAUACUCGGUCGCUAUGCUCAACUAUCUGCCCAUUGCGGGACAGGCUAUUCAGCUUGUGGCAGAGCUUCUCUUCAGUGGCUUUAGUGACUACUUGGGUGUUAGACUGCCAUUCCUGCUCCUUCACUCGGUAAUCAACAUUACCUCCCUCAUCAUCUUGAUCAUCCGUCCCAGUAAUGAGCACCUUUACAUGGCUGGAUGGUACAUGAACUACAUGGGCGCUGUUUCUACCAUGCUCCUCUGCGCGUGGGCAGCAGCGCAUCUCGAGAAAGAGCCUCAAGUCCGGACGGUUCUGUUUGCGACUGGUACUCUGUUCUCCUACCUCUUCAGCGCAUUCCUGCCAAUCGCUGCAUUCCCUGCGUCGGAGGCACCCCAUUGGCGCAUUGGUUCAAAGGUAUACCUUGGACUUUCUCUUCUGGCAGCGACACUCUUUAUCAGUAUCGCCGUUAUAUUCAAGCGGGAAGAGAAAGGCAAGAGAAAAGCCGAGGGGAUUGAGGAAGGGCGUGAGGUAUCUUCGGACAGGGAUUAACUGGUGGCGAGAAGCUCGGUGUCCAUGUGCUUCCAGCUCUUUCGUAACCCAUAUGCGUGAGGUUGUCGGGUUUUUUUUAAACCGUCCGUGCUAUUUGACAACGAUAUACCAUAACUCCCUAAAGGACUUACCCAUAUCCACAUCCACUACGGAGUAGUCUCGUCAGUAGUUCCCACUCUGAAUAUUUUCCCAUAGUAGCUCCUCAAAUAAGCUUUCCAUCUGAUCUGAGGCCUCUCGGAAAUCCCGAUUCAAGAAAAAAAAAAAAGUGCACUGCUAUCGCGGAUAUAAUCAGUUCCGGGUCCUUCUUAGCGUCCAACCCCAGGAAAUUCCG